AUGGUGGGUUCGAUGAGCCGAAUCAUCGUCUUAGUGUGCAUGAUUUACUAUUCUACCUGUGACGUAACUAGCAGAGAAUCGAGAGCUAAUUCAAGUCCCACAGAAGGAACAUUUAAUUGUAAAUCAGAAGGGUUUCAUCUAGACCCGUCUGACUGUACUUCAUUUUACAGAUGUGUUAACUUUGGAGCUGGCACAUACUACACCAAGUUUAAAUUUCAAUGUUCUCCUGGAACUGUUUUUGAUCCAGAAAACUCUGUAUGCGUACAUCCUUCUUUUUCUAAUAGAGAAGAAUGUAAAAAUGUACAAUUUAGUAAUCCCGAGCCAGAACCUAGCCCAGAAGAAUCUAAUUCAUGGAAUCCACCACCACCUAACAGUGCUCCAAAUCAACCAAACACCAAUAAACCAAAUAACCCAGGUUAUGGUUCAACCGCUCCCGAAUAUUUAAAUCAGCCAUCUUCAAACUAUGAUUACGGGCGCCCACAGACAGGUUAUAAUCCAACACAAACUGAAUACGUUCAACCUCAGUCACCACCAAGUUACCAACCUCCCCCAUACAUACCACCACAACCAAACUCGCCCCCAAGUAAUUAUAAACCUCAACAGUCAGGAUAUGUAGAAUCUCAACCGCCAAGUUACAAUCAGCCACCGCAAUCAGGUUACAUUCCAACUUCAUCGCAAAUGGUUCAAAAACCAAAUUAUAACCAACCUCCGCAAUCUAGCUACGUACAAUCAUCAUCACCACCAGCACAACAGUUCAAUUAUAAUCAACCACCACAAUCUGGUUACAACCCACCUAAUCAACAAUCUGGCUAUAAUCAACCACCACAGUCUGGUUAUAUACCACCAAGUCAACAACCAAGUAAUAAUCAACCACCACAGUAUCAACCUGUAGUAUCAACGUCGCAGCCAAAUUAUUAUCAACCAUCGCAACCGAAUUACAAUCAACCACAAUCUACUUACGCACCUCCUGUUCAACCAGAAGAUGGCUACAAUCAGCAAUCAUCGUCAGAAAGUCCUGAAAAUGAAGUAGAUAAUGAAUUACCUGAUCAACCAGAAGAUACUAGUUCUAGUGGACCAAAUUGUGUGUCAGAAGGAUUCCAUCCAUACAAUGAAGGUUGUAGUAAAAAAUUCAUAAGAUGCGUCGAUAAAGGUGAUGGAACUUUCACCAAAUAUGAAUUUGACUGUGGUGAAGGAACUUUAUGGGAUGAUAGUCAACAAACAUGCAAUCAUGCUAAUCUAGUAAAUUGUGGAACCACAACAGCAGCAACACCUUCCACAAUACAAUCAGAUUCUACAGUAGCGCAGCAAAUAACUACAGCCAACUUAUGGUCUACUUCAGUGACAUCUAAUUCAUCUAUGAUGUCAAGCUCAAGUUCAAGUUCUAGUAGUUCUUCUAGUAGCCAGUUUUCAACUUCAGCUGUUACUGUUGGUCAAGCAACUGGAGGAUUUAACCAACAAUCUUCAUCACAAGGCGCUUCUGCAACAACAGCUGCUAUGAAUCAAGGUUCAAGCCAGGGUGAAAGUUCUAGUGCAAACCAACAAACGACUACUGCUGGCCUCAAUCAACAAACAUCUAGUGCCGCAGCUAAUCAACAAACAACUAGUGCCGCAGCUAACCAACAAACAAGUAGUGCUGCAGCUAAUCAACAAACAACUAGUGCCGCAGCUAAUCAACAAACAACUAGUGCAGCAUCUAAUCAACAAACAAGUAGUGCCGCAGCUAAUCAACAAACAACUAGUGCCGCAGCUAAUCAACAAACAACUAGUGCAGCAGCUAACCAACAAACAACUAGUGCUGGAGCCAACCAACAGACAACUAGUGCUGGUUCUAACCAACAGACAACAGGUGCUGGAUCUAACCAACAGACAACUGGUUUUGGAUCUAAUCAACAGACAACUGGUUUUGGAUCAAAUCAACAGACAACAAGCGAAGGAUCAAAUCAACAGACAACUAACGUUGGAUCAAAUCAACAAACAACUGGUUUUGGAUCAAAUCAACAGACAACUGGUGGUGGAUCUAAUCAACAAAUAAAUAAUUCUGGAAAUAAACCAACUUCACCAAUGUCAUCGACAUUAAAACCAACAACGCCUAUUUAUACAACGAAAAAACCACCAGUAUCAACGACUCCGAAACCUACAACUUAUAAACCAACCACUUCAAAACCGACAACUUCCAAACCAACUACUUCACAGCCGACAACUGUAAAGCCAACCACUCCACAACCGACAACUCGAAAACCAACCACUUCACAACCAACAACUCAAAAACCAACCACUCAAAAACCAAUUACUUCAACUACCACACAAAAAGUUACAACGACUACUCCGUCAGUAUCUACUUUACCAACUACUACUACACAAAGAGCCACUACAACAACUACUAAAAAGCCAACGCAAUACACUUCAACUCCUAAACCAACCACUCAAUCAACUUCAAAACCAACUGUUACAACAACCAUUAAACCUGUGAAUUCAAAACCACCUUCAAAACCAACAACGGUUGCUUCCACAAACAAACCAUCAUACCAAUCAUCAACAACUAUUAAACCAAUAAGUCAGCAAUCUACGAAAAAUCCACCUACUACAUCAGUUACCACAUCAUCGUCUACAAACCAUCAAACACAACCACCUACAUCAACAGACACUUGUACUACAGAAGGAUUUUUCCCAGAUUCUAAAGAUUGCAACAAAUUUUAUAGAUGUGUUGGUAAUGGAAAAGGAUUUACUAAAUAUAACUUUAAUUGUGGGCCAGGAACUGUUUGGGAUCAUGUUAAUAAUGUAUGUAAUCAUCCAUGGGCAGUGGAUAGAGAUUGUUCUAAAUCGGGUUCAUCGACUACAACUGGAUCAACAGAAUCAACUGUAUCUAGUAGUUCUGAAAAUCCAAUAUCAAGUCAACCUAGUAACCCAGAAACAUCCACGGCAUUGCCUACCAGCCCUUCCCCCCAGACAUCAGUAAGUAGUCAAACUACUCAAACCCAAACUUCAACAUCUACUUCUAGCCAACAAACAUCUUCAACCACAAGUCAAACAGUUAUAUCCUCCAAUAAUUCGACUGCCCCUUGUAAUACUUCACCAAAACCACCUAGCAAAAUAGUGUGUAAUGGAAGUGGAUUUUUCCCUCAUCCAGACGAUUGUAAAAAGUUCUAUAGAUGUGUCGACUGGGACGGUGAUAAAGGUGAACGAUUUUCUGUGUACCACUUCGACUGUCCUGAGGGAACUAUUUUUGAUCCUAGCUUAAACGUAUGUAAUCAUGAAGCUUCUGUAUACCCUCCCAGAGAUUGUUCUGGAUCAAGCACUUCUCAAAUCAAUGGAACUAGUACUCCUGCUACUGAAGUAACUACUACCACUGAAGCAAGUACUAUAGUAACAACUGAUGGUCAAAUUGAAACUACAGGACCUUCUGAAACGAAUGAACCAGAAGUGAAGCCAACUUCAAGUAUACCUGAAACAGAAUCUACUACUUCUAGUCAACCAGAAACUUAUCCACCAACAACUAAUCCAACAGGAACUGAUCCAAUAACGUCUAGUCCAACUGAAACAACGACUAGUCAAAUAGAAACAAAUCCACCAACAACAAAUCCAACGGAAACAAAUCAAUCCACGACUAGUGAGACAGAACCUUAUUCACCAACGACGAGUCCUACAGAAACAAACCCCCCAACAACGAGUCCGUCAGAAACAAAUCCUCCAACGACUAAUCCAUCGGAAACAAAUCCACCAACGACAAGCCCGUCCGAAACCAAUCCACCAACUACAAGUCCAUCAGAAACAAAUCCACCGACGACUAAUCCAUCGGAAACAAAUCCACCUACGACAAAUCCAUCGGAAACAAAUCCGCCUACAACAAGUCAAACAGAAACAACAGAUUCUGAAACAAAUCAACCGUCGACAGAAACAUUACCUGCCACAACAACUUCACCAGAAACUUCAAACUCUACAGACAAUUGUCCCACUUUGGAUCCUGAUCAAGUUUCAUUAGUGUGUCCAACCGGUUUUAGAAGACACCCAAAAAAUUGUAACCUAUUUUAUCAAUGUACAAUAGCAGCUAAUAAUGACAUAAAGGUAUUGGUCCUCGCGUGUUCAAAUGGUACAUUCUAUGAUCAAAAAAGAACUCAAUGUUUACCACCAGAUGAAUCUGAAUCAUGUUCAUCAAUUGAUGUACGCCGGUUAGAACCACUUGAAGAAAUACUACCAACUGUUCAGAUUCAACCUUACCGGCAGUUAUGUCCAUCAGAAGGAACGUUUGGUUCUCCAACUGAUUGUCAAACUUUUGUAAAAUGUAGUAGAGAUGCUAGAGGAAUUCUCAAUGGUCAAAUGUUUCAAUGUCCCGAAGGUCAGAGCUUUUGGGAUAAAUCUAAGAAAUGUGAGAAAAAUAGGAAAAUUCCCAUGUGUAAUAAACUCGGCCCUAAAUCAAAUUGGCAAACGAGUCUAGCCCCUGUACUUGCUGAAUAA